UCAUUUGAUAAUAUACAAUGUUUCGAAGAUAUCUAAACAUUCUGAUUCUAAAAUACUUAAUCAUUCGUGUUGAAAGUAGGUGUAAGUAUCUGAAUUUUAUAUCAAAGUUAAAGUUAGUUUCUAACAGGGAAUCUCUGUAUCAUAAAGGAGUGGGGAGGAGCAAGUAAUGUAAUGCUCAACAAAAAGCUGUAUUUGUGCAUAAUUUUGGCUGAAUGGUUAUUAAAUAUAAUGUCAGAAGGCAGACAAAGCAUAAUUAUUUCUGAAAUGAGUGGGGCCGGCUAGUUAGAGUGACUUCAAAAUGUUGCUCUAGAAAAGCAGGACUGCACUGUUAAUAGUUGAUGAUGACACUUCAGUGCACUGGCUCUCAAACUGUGUCAUUCAUUUGGAAUAUGUGGUAUACCUGAAAGCAGGGCAUAAAAUUCCGGGGUAGAGAUGCUCCUGAGACAGUAGGGUGUUCCUCUCUACCAGUCAGAACCCGUGGAUGGGUUGAACAGCAUUUAGCAAAGAAUCUUCAUUUAUUUAUUUACACUGGAUUUGAAUGGAUUACAAUACCUUUGCCUAGUAGCUUGGAUCAACUAUCCAAUCAGAUAUAAGGUGAUUUUCCCUGUCAUUCCAACAUUUGUUAGGAAGAUACACUGCUUAAGAGUACAUGGCUUUAGAUUGUGGGGAUGGAGAUGCUUGUUCCCUUUGUAAUGUUAAUAUUAUAUUAAUACCCUCCCAUCCAGAGAUCUUUGCACGCAGUAACAGUCUAUAUCAAAAUCUGAAACAUGCUGCUGUGGUAACAGUAUUAUUUGAAUUGUGUGUAGUUGGCAAGCUAUAUUAUAUACUUAACUACUUAGAAAGGGACUUAAAAGUUGAAGAGCAGCUGUGAUUACUAAAUUAUCAAUUUAACUUUUAUUUGGAUUAAAUCUUGUCAGAGGGGCUUGGUAGAAAUGUUAGGAUUCUCCUUGGUAGAAAUGUGUGGAUUCCACAACUAUGAGAAGCUCAAAAACCUUGUUCUUUCUAUGGUUUGGAGUGAUACAAGAGAUUCUUAUUUUUCCCCCACCUCACAAAAACUGGGUGGAAGCUUGGCCAUAUAAUCAUGUGGUGCCUCAGAAGUGCCUAGAACAUCUUCAAAGUUCAGAAUAACAGCAAAAUCAAAAGACACCACCCUACUGGUUUUUUGCAUUCCCCUCCCUUUGGAAAGUGGGCUUGGUGGUGGUUCAUACGUACAAAGGUCAUGACACAGACAUCCAUCUUGUGCUACCAUUUGGGGAUCAUGUCAUCUCUGUCGAUCGUGAUGACAUUCUUAUUAUUUGGGAUAUACAAUCUGAAGAGGAAUACUUACAGCUGAAUUUUGACAAGGCUGUUUUUGCAGUUUCUGCUAUUAUGCAUCCCAGUACUUAUUUAAAUAAAAUUCUUCUUGGUAGUGAGCAAGGAUCUCUGCAAUUAUGGAAUAUAAAAUCCAACAAGCUCUUGUAUACAUUUCCAGGUUGGGGUGCAGGAGUGACAGUCCUUGAACAAGCUCCAGCAGUGGACAUUGUUGCAGUUGGUCUUGUGUCUGGUCACAUCAUAGUGCACAAUAUUAAGUAUGAUGAAAUACUGAUGAAAUUUCAACAAGACUGGGGUCCUAUAACAGCAAUAUCUUUUCGCACAGAUGGGCAUGCAGUAAUGGCUGCUGGCAGUCCUAUUGGACAUAUUGGGCUGUGGGAUCUAGACCAGAAGAAACUUCUGAGCCAGAUGAGGAAUGCACAUGCCACAGCGAUUGCUGGCCUGUCAUUUGUUCAAGGAGAGCCCCUGCUUAUUACUAAUGGUUCUGAUAACGCUAUCAGGGAGUGGGUCUUUGAUGCCCCCAGUGGAAGCGGUAGAUUGCUAAGAUUCAGAAUGGGACACAGUGCCCCUCCAACAAAAGUCAGAUACCAUGGACAAAAUGGGCAACAAAUUCUUAGUGCAGGUCAAGAUAGUACAUUGCAGUCAUUUUCCACUGUGCAUGAUAGAUUCAACAAAAGUUUGGGGCGUGGUUCCCUAAAUAAAAAGAAAUCAAAGAAGAAGGGCCUUCUGUAUGAUACAAUGGUGCUUCCACCUAUUACAACAUUUGCAGCAGAGGUUGCUCGUCAAAGUGACUGGGAUGGGAUCGUAGCUUGUCAUCAGGGUUACUUAACCUGUACUACCUGGAAUUAUCAGAAAGGUUCAAUGGGAACUCAUAAACUGAAACCAGCAAUCUUCAGCAAAAAUACACCUGUUGGCAUAUAUGCAACUGCAGUAGAUAUCACUUCCUGUGGAAACUUUGCUGUAAUUGGACUUACAACAGGACAUGUAGAUAUAUACAAUAUGCAGUCUGGCAUUCAUAGAGGACAUUAUGGCAAAGACAAAGCUCAUGAAGGCAGUGUAAGAGGAGUAGCUGUGGAUGGAUUGAACCAGUUUACUAUCACUGCAGGUAGUGAAGGGUUUGUUAAGUUCUGGAAAUUCAAGACAACUGACCUUGUUCAUUCUGUUAGCUUCCCUACUUCUCCAAGCAAAGUGCUUUUACAUAGAGACAGUGGCCUUCUGGGAAUUGCACUGGAUGAUUUUGGCAUCAGUAUUCUCGAUGUAGAAACUACAAAAAUUAUCCGAAAUUUUUCAGGGCAUCAAGGCCAAAUAAAUGAUAUGACUUUCAGUCCUGAUGGCCGUUGGUUAAUAACAGCAUCAAUGGAUUGCACCAUUAGGACAUGGGAUCUCCCAUCUGGAUGCCUGGUGGAUUGUUUCCUGUUGGAUUCAGCAGCAGUGAGCAUUACUAUGUCUCCUACUGGAGAUUUUCUAGCUUCUUCCCAUGUGGAUGACCUUGGAAUUUACCUGUGGUCUAACCGUUCCUUGUAUUCGCUUGUCUCUUUGCGUCCGCUUGCAGCUGAUUAUGAGCCUUCAACCGUAAUGCUGCCUGGAACAAGUCCAGCUGAAGAUGUAGAUGUCAUAGAAGAGGAAGAAACAAGUAAUGAAAUGAUAGAAUAUGACUCUCCAGAGCAGCUAGGAGACAAACUAGUGACUCUUUCUACGUUGCCUGAAUCCAGGUGGAGGAACCUACUUAAUCUUGAUGUUAUCAAGAAAAAGAAUAAGCCAAAAGAACCACCAAAAGUGCCAAAAUCUGCUCCAUUCUUCAUUCCCACUGUUCCCGGUCUCAUACCACAAUAUGCUUCUGUUGAACCUGAAAAUGGGAACCAGCAGUCAAAACUAGUUAAUCUUGGAGUGUUGGCAAAAAAAUCUGAAUUCCAUGUGCAGCUUGAAGAAGCCCUGAACAAAAGCAACUAUGAGUCUCCACUCAGUAUUCUGAAGUGCAUGGGACCAGCUAACAUUGAGAUAGAGCUGAGAGGCUUGUCUCCUGAUGGUGGUGGCUCCAUAAAGGUGAUGCAGAGCUUUCUAAGAAUGAUCGGAACAAUGCUGGACACAAGGUGUGAUUUUGAGCUGGCUCAGGCAUAUCUCGCUUUGUUUCUAAAGUUGCAUCUUAAGAUCCUUUCCUCAGAGCCAGCUUUGCUGGAAGAAUUAUCCAGACUGUCACCCCAGCUUGAGGAACUGUGGAUUCAUUUACAGACUCUUUUCAACCAAAGCCUUUGCAUUUUAAAUUAUUUGAAGACUGCUUUGUUAUAAAGUGCCUUUUGUUCUUAAGAAUUAAGAUGUUGAAUCUCUAGUUCCUUGUAUAAAGCGUGUAUCAUGUAAUAAUUAGCAUUAUGCAUCUUAAGUUUUCAAAGUACAACCUGAUUUUAUAACUUCAUUUUGUUCAAAUUUAAAUAGGAAAGUGUGUUUUAAAAAAUGUGUAUUUAAAUGACCACAAAUCUUAUCCUCGUUUAAAAUGAGUAUAGCAAAAGUCAGUAUCCAAAAAUAAAUCCAAACUUUCUUUUUAAA